AUGUCGCAAUUUGACGAAUUUAUUUUGGCCGUCUUCGUCGCCGUCUCAGUAUCAACCAAUGUCGCCAUCGCUGACGCUACCGAGAGGAUUGUCUCUAACACAGUGUCGCCACGUGAUCAACCAAUGCCGCCAUCGCCGAUGUUAUGGAUAAGGACUGUCUCAGACACAAUGCCUCCGCCCGAUCAACCAAUGCCACCAUCGCCGACGCUAUCGAUGAAGAUUGUCUCUAAUACAGUGCCGCCUCCCGAUCAACCAAUGCCGCCAUCGCCAACGCUAUCGAUAAGGACUGUCUCCAACAAAAUGCUGCCACGCGAUAAGCCAAUGCCGCCAUCUCCGACGCUAUCGAUGAAGACUGUCUCUAAUACAGUGUCGUCCCCCGAUCAACCCAAUGUCGCCAUCGCCGACGCUACCGAUAAGGACUGUCUCUGA